AUGAGUGAUUCGAAAGGGUUUCUGCAUUUUCUUUUCUUUAAGAAAUGGCAUCCAGUGCCUUCAGUUGGAAGCACAAUCGCCUUGUUCUCAAUAAUAGGUGUGAUUUUCGUGGCUUUGGGUAUAGUGAUAACGGUGAUCAAUAAUCAAAUUUAGGAAGUAACUAUCUACAAAUACGAUCAAAAAUGCUCACCAGUUGAGUACAAUAAGAAAUGUAGUUUUACUUACAAAUUGGAUAACAUGAAGGCUCCAAUUUACUUUUAUUAUGAGCUUGAGAAUUUUUAUCAGAAUCAUAGACGGUAUGUUAAAUCCAAAUCAUCAACCUAAUUAUCAGGAGAGGAAAUUUCACUGUCAGAUGCAGAAAAAUAUUGCGAUCCCAUCACCUACAACAAGGAUCUGGAAGAGUGGCAAUAAAAUGUGUAUGUGACAGAGCAAAAUACUCAAGUUUAAAAAGAGCGUAAUCCUGACGAUAUUGCCAGUCCUUGUGGAUUGGUGGCAAAGAGUUUCUUCAAUGAUACCUAUGCAUUAAGUUUAUCAGGAAAAAACAUUGAUUUGAAUCAAACUGGAAUCAGUUGGCCUAAUGAUAAGGGCAAGAAGUAUAAGCGAGCAUCUGAUUCUGAGAGUACUCAAUGGAUUGAUCCAGAGAAUGAGCACUUCAUCGUUUGGAUGAGAACAGCAGGAUUGCCUACUUUUAGGAAACUGUGGGGACGCAUUGAAUAAGACAUAGAGGAAGGAGAAUACACAUUCGAAUUUUAAAACAAUUACAAUCCCUAAAUGUUUGCUGGAGCUAAGAAUAUUGUGCUUUCUACAUCAGGACCUUUUGGAGGGAAGAAUUUGUUUCUUUCGAUUGCCUUCAUUGUUGUAGGGGUAAUUCAAUUGUUGAUAGCUUUGGCAUUCUUAAUUAAAAAAAUAAGAGCUGGACCUUCAUUUGGUUAGAAAAAUGAAUGAUUCAUUGAC